GGAGGCAUCUUUGUAAACAAGUUUCUUUUAAUAUUUAAAAAACAAAAAGCAGCAGAGUCGUUUGAACCGAAAUAACUAAGGCACACAAAUAAUAUUUUUUUGUUUUUUAUUUAUUAUUAACAACCAAUAAAUGUAUGAACCCCAGGCUAACCUAGCACACGAGCUAUACGCUAGCAGGUUAGCUUGAAUACUAUGGAGCCGUUAAGCAUCGUUGAGGAUGAGGUGGUCUUGGAGGGACUGGACGGAAUAACUCUUCCCUCUCUGUGGCUGCGACUAGAAGAUAGAAAGCCUGCUUUCCCCCUCAAGCUCGACGACCUCUCCAAGGACUUCAUCUGGAAGUCACUCAUCGGCAACACCGACCUGAGGUUCUACCAACUGCCGAAGAAGAGAGACGACGUGGUGCUGUCUGACAGGUUUAAAAAGAUCAACGGUGAAACGGAAAUCGACAACACACCGAAGUUUUCUGAUAAAGACAUCUACCCGAUCUUCAUCACUCCAGAAAACAAGGACGGGAUACUGGGCUCGUGUGCGUUCCUGCAAAAGAGGACAGAUGUCACUCGGCACGUCCGCUCCGAGUCCCUCGCCCCGUUACUCAACUUGCAGGAGGCUUUGGAAAAAUAUGGCCGAACGCUUGUUGCCGUGGCGUCUCAGGUGCUGCGCUUCAGGACCCUCAUCGGCAUUGAAAGCGACCCUGAUUUGAAACUGAACGACGACACUUUCUGUCUGCUGGAGCGAGUGGGCCGGGCUCGGUGGCAAGGAGAGCUACAGAAGGAUCUCCACGGAGGCACUUUCAAGGUCGAUGCCCGGAAGUUGCACUACUUGCGGAAGGCUCUCGUCAAACACGGACUCAUCACCAUGCAGCCUUACGUCACACGAUUGAACACGGGUCAACAGCAAAACUCCAUUCUUCUGCUGCUCAAACGGUUCCAUGUAGACAGGAGGACAAAGUACGACGUACUGAUGGAGCACGUGUCCAACCUUCUCAUGCAGUCACCUGACCACCUUAACAGUUUAGUGGCCCUCAAACAUCAACUUUCUAGCGUGAAUGACCAAACCUUUAAGCGUGUAUUUAAAAACAUGAAAUCCGCGAAGUUGGUUGAGGUCUGCCAGCAACCUCUGGAGGACUUGGAUCCCGACGCCGGGCCCUGCGUCAACAAAAAAGGGGAUAAAGUGCUCGUGCGCUGUCUGAAACUGCUAAAGCCGUACACGAAGAAGGGCGUCACCGAGGAUGAGGACGAUGACGACGAGGACGAAGAUUACGACAACAGAACUCUCCCUUCAGAGGGGCGCAUCAUGGAGAUCGACACCCUGUCACAGGCCUAUCAACUUGUGUUAUCCUCUGGAACAAAGGGAAUCACGCGGCGUGAUAUCGAACAAAUAAUGCGUGUCGGUAAGCUGGAAUCUCGCAUGAUCUGCCGAAGGCUGGAGAGGGAUGAGGUGAUAAAGGGAUUCAUGGUAGAUCAAGGUCGCCAGAGGACUACGAGAUUCAUCAGCCACAGGUGCGUCGGUGUGAGCAAUCAACUCCAAAUGGUUGCGAAGGAGCAGCAACGGAAGAUCCUUCUUUACUCCGCUGCCCCUAAAACGCCGGCCGCUAAAAAACCGGCCGCUAAAACACCGCCCGCCUCUAAGUCGACCGCCAAAGCGAAAAAGAAGAUUCAGAAAGGAGGCAGAGGUGGAAAGAAGGACGUGGAGAAAGCCGGGGAGACGUCUGGCGACGGAGAAGUGGGUGUAGCGGGCAAAGGCUCGGCUGGAGGGAAAGCAGGAAGAAAGAAAAAGACGGCAGGAAGGAAAAACGAUGCUAAUCCGACACAACGUGAGAUCGCCGUCACACAAACCGCACCGGCUGAAUGUGAAACUCCAGCCAGCGGCGAAGGCGCGACCAGUACGAGACCCGACUCGUCGUCCGGUCCCGCAGUCGAACAAGCUGGAGCUGAGGAGGAAGAAUCCAACCCGAUUCCUGAGGGGGAGGAGCUAAAUGCAGCCGGCAACCCGACGGACAACAACAUUGUGGUCGUUAAAGCUGUUUCCAAGCAGCAGCAGGCUCGUAAAAAAUCCAAGCGUUCAUCGGCGAGGUCUCAAGAAACGUACCGCCUGUUGAGGAGGAGGAACCUGAUCAUCGAGUCGGUCCACACCUUCAGAAUCAUCGAGGGCCUUCACCAGCUCCAGAAGAUCAUCGACGAGGAAGAGAAGAACGAUGGAAUCAACACUAAGUGUUGUCGGAAGACUAUUUUCCGUCUCCUGGACAGCCUGUCGAGAGAAGGCUUACUCAAGGUGUACAAGACCACCGUCAUCCAGGAUGGGAUCUCCAAGAAGAUCGAGAUGGUCGUCCACCCGUCCAUUCAGCCCAACGAUGUCAUCGUGACACAAGUCAUCGAACAGGCCCGCUUCAAAAUCUCCAGCUCCUACUCGGCCGUACGGCAGCAGCACGCCGAAGAGAAAGCCAGAGAACAAGCCAAAGAGGCCGAGGGGGGGAGCGACAGCACGUCGAAGGACCAAAAGAAGGAAGAGAAGAUCAAGAUAGAAGAGUUCAGGCCCACAACAGUUCGGGGCUUGGGGAAGUCAUUUGGCUUCCAGCCUAAGAUGCAUCGCCUGCGUCUCGUCCACAACUUCCUCUGGUACCUGAUUUACGGGCACCCGGGCAGACACGAGUCCGCCGACCUCCAGCCCGGCACUCAACCGCCGGCGGGCUCCGAUCCCGAAGCCAAACUCCCGAAAGAGUCUGCGAACGAAGACGGUCAAACGCAGCCAUCGGACAAAGCCGUCUCCGGCUCUUCCGACCAACCAGCGGCAGAUUCGGCUUUGCCUCGGUUGGAUGCGACGUCAUCGUCAGGUGACAACGAGGAGGGGGUGAAGGAUAAAGCGGCACCAGCACUCUUUCGGGGUGACAUGAAAGAGUCCUGGAAGAAAUUCAUUCCUCCUCUCCGAGUGCACAACGACUUCGGCAGCGGCUGGGCGAUGGUCGGCGACAUGCUCCUCUGCCUCCCUCUCUCCAUCUUCAUCCAGGUCAUACAGAUCAAUUAUGAGGUGGACGGACUGGAGGAAUACCUGAAAGACCCCGUGAAGCAACACCAUCUUAUCAGAGAACUGCCCGCCAGGAUGAAAAGACAGCUGCUUUUCAAACGGAAGUACAUCUUCUCCUUUCACGAGAAGCUGCAGAAGUUGGCCUACAUGGGCCUGCUGCAGUUUGGCCCUGUGGAGAAGUUCAAGGAUAAAGACCAGGUGUUUGUGUACCUGAUGCGCAACGUCUCCAUUGUGGACACCACCAGCGCCGAGCCGCACUACUGGCUGGUCACCGAGUCGCCCGACAACCCGUUUGAGAGGCGGCGGUACGCGUUCAACACCGCCGAGGAUGUGGAAAACUACUGGUUUGAUCUGAUGUGUGUCUGCCUCAACACAGCACUGGGGGUAGUCCGCAGUAAGAAGAACACCACCGAUGAGGGAACGGCUCCUCCCUUUGUGCAUGAACGCUACGUGUUUGUGGGUCUGGCUUACCUGCUCAAAGGCAGUCGUGAGGUGGCCGAAGACGGCUCGAUACCAGGAGACGGUAAAGGAGCCGCAGGGCUGCACUCUGAGUUCUUCGGUCACCUGAAACGCAACUGGCUGUGGACCAAUCACCUUCUCUCCGUCAAACCGCCCUCGACUGGUUUGGAGGCGCAUGAGACGAAAGUCCGCCUGAAGAGCCUGUUGACGAGGAAUGCUCUCCGGAUUGCUUUGAUAGCCGGAGGAUCGACUGCACCUCGCUACAUGACCGCCAAGAGACCGCUGGUAACAGAAGUUGUGGAGCUGGUUAUUGAGCCUGCUUCCAGAAACCAGCAGGUGGUCGGAGGGAAGAAACGGAAGAGGAAGCGGAUUAAGAAGGCGGUCGUCAAGGUCCCACGCAAGAAGAAGAAGGAGCCCAAGAAACGCACCCCCACCCACGACGAGGCGGACCACCGGGCUUUAAAGAUGAUGACCAGACAGAGAGUCUACUGGUCCGUGCAGGAGGACUCUCUGAUGAUGCUCUGCAGCGUGGCCACACACCUGCUCAACAGCAAAUUGAAGAGGGCGUACGUUCCUCACUGUGUGGUGAGGGACCUGCUGCAAGUCGAGUUUGAGAUAUCGCAGGAUAAAACGUCCCACUCCGUCGGGCGUCGCACCCGAUACAUCCUCAAAAACCCUCAGACGCUUCUGAACUACAGGAUCUGUCUGGCUGAGGUGUACCAGGACAAACCGCUGCUGAAGCUGUUGGAGUCCAAGAAACCCGCUGAUCCAGAAAAUCCAGAUGAUUGCGGUAAAUCGUUCUCCGAGUACACCCGGCUGCUCAGGCAGAAGUUCAGCGCGGAUCUUCUGAGCACUCUGGACGUGGUCAUGCCUGACACCAAGCGCGAGCUCUUCUCACAGUUCAAGGUGUCGGCGAUAGAAGGCAGGAGGCUCGUGUCGGUGAAGGACUCUCUCCGCUGCUCGGAUGACAUUCAUGCCAUCGUGUUGCAUAACUUGAUCCAGAGCACGCUGGCCAUGACCAACUGCCAGAUGAAGUCGUCCAAGUCCUUCCAGACCUUCCACAUGUACAGUCGGUACAACCAGGAGCUGCUGUGCCAAGAGUUCAUACAUUGCAGGAAGAAGGGUCUCGUCAGCCGCCGGCGUAUCAAUCAGCCGUUUGGGCCGAAGAAGAACCGAGCGCUGCCCAUCCUGCCCAUGUCCUACCAGCUGUCCCAGUCCUACUACAGGUGUUUCUCGUGGCGCUUUCCUCACCUGCUGUGCACUGAGUCCUUCCGCUUCCUGAGAGAUCUAAUCGACAACGGGACAAGAGACUGGUUACACAAUUUUGACUUCGUCCACGAGACCGAGAAAAGGUCAGAGAACGGCGAGGAGGUGAUGGAGAGAAAAGCGGGCUCGGAGAAGAAACAACGACAGGGCAAGGAAGCCGAGAAGUUGACGGAGGUGAACGACGGGGAAACCGGGGCGGCGAGCAAAGAGGAUGAGCAGAAAACCUCCGGAGACGGCCUCGCCGCUGAAGAUCCGCCCAGCGGAGAGCGUACGGACGACGCUCCGGUCAAAGAAGAGCCGCCUCCGGUUUCGGCCGAGCCUCCGAACGUGUCGGACAUGCUGCGGUUCUCCAUGGACUCUCCAGGCGGAGCCUGCGUGGCGUCCCUCAGCCUGAUGUCUCUGGGGCUGCUGAGCGUCUCCAUAUCCAUACCCAAACAGAUGGUGGUGGUGGACAGCACCCUGGUGGAGAACAACGCCGUCAAGAGUAUGGCUCUGGAAGAGGAAGGGGACGACGACGACGAUGAUGAUGACGGGGAGGAUUGUGACGGGAGGAAGAAAAUGAAAGUGAAGGCACAUCAAGCGUCUCACACCAACUACCUGCUGAUGCGCGGAUACUGCUCCCCUGGCAUAGUCAAAAGGCGUAACCUCAACCCCAACGACAACAUCGUGGUGGAGUCGUGUAUUGUACGGUUGCAGCUGCGUAACACACCUGCUCACCACAUGUUCUGCAUGGAGAGCUCCACCGUGCUGAACUUGGUGAAAUGCGGCCCGCCCCCGCUGCCCUCCGGCCUCUCCUACUUCAUCCCCUCCUCGCCCUCUCCCAACAGCGCGCAGGAGUGCGACGAGCGCUUGGUUCGGCUGAGAGGACACACCCCUCGGGACGUGGAGGCGUGCGCUCAGCUCCGGAGGAGCUUGGAUGAGGCCGGAGAGAAGGGCGUGGCCAUAAGUGACCUCCACCAAACGCUCUCGCACCUGAAGGAGCCGCAGUCUGGACGCACCAGGAGCCUGCAGCAGUACCUGGAGGAGUUCCAAGAAGAAGGCCAGGUGAUAAAAGUCGGGGGUUUGGGCAUCCGUUGGGUGCUCACGCAGCACGCCGAUUCGUGGCUGCUGACGGUGAACCCCAAGAAGUGGUCCCAGUCGCGCUUCUCGUCGGAAAGGCAGAAAGAACACGACGUCCCCUCCGUUCGCAAGAGAUCCAGGACAGAAGUGCGGCAGGAGGCCGAGGAACCGCCCGCGAAAACGAUGGCCGCGGGCGAACGAGGAGGCGAGGACGUGCGAGUCUCGGGGGGCUUGUCGAGCGACGCAGCGAGAGGGGAACCGAAGGAGGAGCAGCAGCUGGACCGGCGGGCGAAGGAGGACGAGGAGGGAGGAAAUCCGCCGCCGCCGCCUCCAGAGGGCGGAGAGCAAGCGGCGGCGGAAACCGAGGGAAGACGAGCCGUAAGGAGAUCUCGCAGAAUCCGAGGGAAGAGCAGAGACGGCGGCGGAGGGGACGCGGCGAGCGCUCGGCCGCCGACGCCAGCGGCCGCUGAUCCCAAAGCGGAACACGUGAGCUUCAUCAGCCGGCCGUGGCGCAUGGUGGACGGCAACCUGAACCGGCAGGUGUGCAAAGGCAUGCUGGAGGGCAUCCUGUACCACAUCAUGAACCGGCCCGGACUCACGCAGCAGGCGCUGGUGGAGCACUACAAAGACGUGCUGCAGCCGAUGGCGGUGCUCGACCUGGUGCAGGCGCUCAUGGACAUGGGCUGUGUGACGAAGAAAACGCAGGUCAAAGCUCCCAAGUGCUCGCUGUUCUCCCGGCCUCGCGCCCGCCAGACGAGGGAGGAGGCCAAGGUGCUGAGCGAGGUGUUCUACGAGCCCACCAUCAGCUGCUGCCUGCUGCUCAGCCAGGUGCUGCCCAACGAACGCCACUGGAACUACCGCAUACCGUGACGGUCAUCCCGGAGCUCGCCGGGCGUCACGGCGCUCGGUACAUGAUAGGAAAGCUUUCGUUGAGUUAAAAAAGUUGUUGGAAGCCUAAUUGUACUUUUACUAAAUGUUUCGGCGUUCGCUUCUGGUUUUACAGAACGAGGAUUUGUUUUUCCUUUUUUUGCUUUCAGAGAUUUUUUUUCAUGCCGUUUAAAUAAACAAAAUGUAAUUCCAAGACAGAAAAGUCUGUGUUCCGGUUUUAUAUGCUCAACGACGUUUACGUUAUUAAUAAAAGUGCAUUACAUGAAGUGCUUUGCUUCUACUUGUCUUGCAGACCAGUGUUCAUGUGGGUACCCACUGUUAAUGCAUUGCCAUGACAACGCUCAGACUUCCCGAGAAAAAACUAAUGACAGCCUGCCGUAAAGUGGCUUCUGGCUGAGCCGCUGCUUCAAAUUCAUUAAGGUUUUACAAAUGAUUAUUUUACUUUCAUAAAGGUACAUUUGACUCGUGGCACUUCACAAGGUAAAGACAAGAAGUCGAAGCAGCUGCAAAACAAAAAAAGGAGACAAUUGUGGAAACACAUUUUUUUUUUUCAAACUAGCAUCACAGGCUAAAUGCAGAUUCAAAUAAAUGGGUUUUAAGUGACAUUUUGAGAGGUGAAUGUCUCAGGAGGGGUGGGGGGGGGGGGGAUAUAAUGAAUACGCCAGCUUGUCAAACUAAAGAUCUGAUUGGUUGAAGACUAUGACGAUCAACGAUAACAUCCCCAUGUACUUAAAUCGACAGUCUACCUAGAAGGCCUCGGCCUCCUAGAGGUGAAAUCUGAUUGGAUCUCACUGGAUGCUGAGCAACUGAGGAACACAUAAACUGUGCAAUGAGGAAAUAAGCUAAUAGCAAAAAAUAGAUAUAACACAUCUAGUGUAUUAGGGAGAAAAAAUGGAAAUUAUAAAAUAGAUAUCACUGUUUUACUCACACACAGGAAGCUGUCAUCUGCUGACAAAAAAUCAAGGAGACUGACGCUUCAGGCCGAAUGAGAAAUAUUCCUUCUAAAAUCUUUAAAUCAUUUCAUUUGUCGCACAAUAUACAGAAUGUUCAUGUCAAUGUAUGUUCAGUAUUUUCUUUGUUUAUUUCCUGUGUAGCACAAUAAAAUACCCGUUCAACAAAC